GGCCGCAGAAGCUUUAUUUAGAUGCUAGUAGUACCUGCUAAAAUAUCUUCAGUUAUGAAAUACAAAUAGAACAAGGGUUAACAUCUAGUUCAGAAGGAGUAGAACAAGCAGUGCCUAGUUCAUCUAGCAUCUCAUUCCCACGGCGACCUGCUCAAGAUGUUUCGCAAUAAACCGAAAGCGUGUUGUACUAGUACUAGUUUGUUUCGUAGUCCGCGCACGGAGUGCCGUCCGCCGUCUUCGUCCUCCAAGGCUGUGACGUUGGCGUUCCUCUUCCUGUGCCUGGAGCUGUUUCAAAUUUGUCUCAUCUUCUUUCCAAGUCAUACAACCACCCCUCGAGGACGUGGUGAUCCCGUAGUUCAUCUUUUCGGUCGGUGCGAAGAGCAGGAGCUAAGAAUCGGAGCGCAUGGUGGACUUGCUGCCGCAUCGGACCACGGGGGUCUACUGCCUGAGCCUGAAGAUGAUCUUCCUCGUCCAAAGAACAUCAAGCGGGCCUUACGAGGAGGCUAUGUCUAUGUGCAGCCGGGGAAUGAAGGAGAGGAGAACCACUUCUACCGAACAAGUACAACAAGACACGUCGCGGCUGCAACUUCUAGUACGCUGAAUGCCAAGCUGGACCACGACCACGACCAGGAGGAAUUUGUACAGCAAGAGCAGGGCAAUGUUUUUCUCGAGCAAGAAACUUCGACGCCAAGCGAAGGUCUAGAAAUCGUGUCGGACUACUUCAACAACACCUCCACGGCGUUCUCCAGCGGGUUUCUGGAGGUGCGCCAUCUUCUCGAUGUCGAGAAAGGAGCCGAAGCAGAAGAACAAGCACAGGAGGGUGUUGCUGCUGUACUACUACCUGGGGAACAUCAACAUCUUCAAGUGGGGGACGAGCCGGCAGGAGGAGCUGCAGAGGAGGAGGAGGAGAUGCUGCAAGAAUCGGCUGCGCUGGAGGUGCAAAACAAACCGGCUCUGUCGCCCGAGCAGCAGGAGGAAGCGGAGGCGGUGGCAAAACCGACGGGGAUCGACAAGGAGCUGUGGGAGAAGAUGCUGGAGUACCCGAAAUAUCAAAUGCAAAAAUGUCUGGGUCUGGAAGAUUGCGAGACUUGUCAUGCCAGCCUAGCAUGACUCUGCACUCUGUAUUGCGUGGCCACCAAGAGGUCCUCUUGCCUGUCAUGCAAAAGCGCAGCUUCUCAUGCGAAAUACGCAGCACAGAAACACGAAAAAACUUGUCAUGCUUGGCGGCGCAUUACAGAGCACUUGAUUGUUCACGGACUUGCAUUACAAGUUUCCAGGCCCAGACAUUUUUGCAGUUGAUACGAAAGAGCACAACCUGGCAAGCCAGCAGUUUGACCACCAAGUUUGGGUGAAUCCGGAUCGUUAUGCAUUUUUGCAAAUAUGUCUGAAGCGUCUCUGGAAGGAUGCAGCUUCACCGUGUGAUGCGAAGUCUCGACCACAAAAAAAAUCUGUGUUACAUGUGAAGACCAAAAGCUGGCGCGCACUUGCUGCUAGGUAAAGAAUGGCUGACUUGUUCCUAUGCGGGAUAGGCAUGAGGAAGGGAUCGCAAAAUGUGUGAUGGUUCUGUGUGCAUUCUAGACCACGAUGAGUGUGGUCCGCGAGAUGCAUGAAAAUCUUCCAGACGGCGUAGACAUAUUUGCACUUGAUAAUCGUGAAAAGCCGCAGAGCAAGAAGCUGUCCCUAGUGGCGUACCGCCUGCUCUUUUCCGAGCGGGCCCGCUCGGGUUUCUCCGGGGAUGGCAUGAACUUUCCGUAUAACGUAUCCUAAAUAAAUAAAUACGUCCCCAAGAUCUUCCGAGAGUUGUCAUGCAGAUCUGCAUGCUUACAAUAAUUCUCAUGCGGACCGGCGUGAGAUUGAUGAAGUAGCUUGGUCUUCUACUGCAGUUUGGAAAUUUGUGAUGCUCGAAUCAGUAUGAGGAUGCUAGAUCUGUGAUGCUGCUGCACUAGCGAAACUCGACUUCAUUGCGGAGCCAAACUUGUCAUGCGCAACAACCAAAGUUUGUUGAUUUGUCAUUUGUGCGGCAGGUACUUGUCCAUCGUGAUUCCGGGGUGGGGACGUUUUUCCAUGGGAUACAGCGUGCGCUACGAGAAGGAGGACGGGAGCGACGGCGAGAUCUUCCUGAAGUAUCAAAUGCAAAUAGUUCCUCUCUGGGUCUUCUGGAAGACAACGCCAAGGUUUGUUUAUGCAGGUUUUCCAUGACCUCCCAUGAGGGCUCGAAUGCGGGACCUAGAGUGACAAGAUUCUGUGAGAUCUCUAUCAUGCCUAUCCUGCGUGAGACGCUCCCCUUCAGUUUGUGCAAAAGUGAACAACUUUUGGUAGUCAUGCGCCGCAGAUUUUUGCAUCAUCCAGGAGCAUGAAGUUGACAAGUUGCAGUGUUCCAGACCCAGACAUGUUUGCAAUGCAUAUGAAGCAGCGGCUGACGAUUGCGGGGGAUUUCUUGAAAGGGUUGACGUUCGUCGGGCUGUUUCUGCAGAGACAUCCAGCCCGUGCGUACAUGAUGGACGGGGAUCACGAACUGCCACCGUUCGUCUACACGCAGAAAAAGCUUCUGGCGCAGGGCGGCAAGGUAUCCGACCGCGCAAGGACUCCCCCUCGUCCCCUUCAUUUGACGUAGUAUGGCAUGAAUAGCAAUUCAAAAUCAAAGUCAAACACCAGCACAGGCCGUGUAUGCUGGUGCGCAUGACAAGUUGACGCGCCGAGUGUUAUACUAUGUACACUGUUUGGCUCUUCAUCCAGAAUUUGUUAUGCGAGCGGUGCUAUAUUUAUUUUUAUUCAAACAAGCAAGGCACAGGCAGCGAAUAGAUGUUUAGGAUUUUGCAGUACAAGUGAGGGGAAGGGGGAGCUGUGUGCACCCUCAUAGCAAAAUUUGGAUAAGGUCGCCGAUGUGGUCGUCAGAGGUGCACUCCGGAACAUGGGGUGGCGCGGAAACGUCGUGCAGUUUUACGCCAGUGUGCCCAGCUUCAAGGGACAGGAGCGGACCUCGCGGGAAGACCUGAGCGCAUCGUUUGACGACUUGAAACAGGCGUACCGCUUUGGCUAUCUGCAAUGGGUUAUGCAUUGCAUGCAAUAUGUCUGGGUCUGUAGGAACUAACUUGUGAUGCGGGUCGUGGCACAAUCAUGAGGAUGUCUCAAUUGGCGGCCCAGCAUGCCAAAUUUUUUAGCUGCUAGGUGUGGUUGCCCAGUCUGCAUGGCAAACUGUUUUUCUCUAUGACAGAAAAAUGGAGCGCCCAUGAGAGACGUGCUGGCCGAGCAUGACAAACCUUGGACUCUUACCGACCCAGACAUAUUUGCAAUGCAUAUGGGCGAAGCCAGAGGGACUGUCGGUCCCCGCCAGCUGGUUUUGGUAUCGGUACGGAAAAUCGCACGGACAGCUGCAGUCGGAAACGGAAGACCCGCAGAGCUGGGUGUACCGCAUUUUCCAGAAACAGCGUGAAGGAACGUACUGGUUUAGCGCGCUGCAUCGCCCCGUGCUGCACGUGGAAGACCGGAUUGGCCGUUAUGCAUUGCAAACAUGUGGUCUGGGUCUGGAAGGAUGCAGCUUCUCAUGCAACACCCUGGACGACAAAAAAUCGAAAUCUGUCUUGCAUAAACCCCAAGAGUAGUUGCCCGUUUAUUGCUACGCAAAAGCCGAAAUUUUCAUGCGAAAUCAGUAUCAAGACGGUCUGGUCUCGCAAAAUCUGUGAUGCUACUGUGUGCAUUCCAGACCAUGUGGAUGGUUCAUGAAUUGGAUGACAAGUCUUUCAACAUUCCUCCAGACCCAUGCAUAUUUGCAGUUCAUAGCCGCCCCGUCGCGACAAUGGAAUACGCCGGCGGGAAGUCUGGAGACCCCAGGUACCCUGAGUAAAAACAUCCCCACACCACCAGAUUCAAGAUGGGGACUUUGUAGCGCACACCCAAAAGUUUUGGGAGUCACGCAUGACAAAUUGCAGUCCGUAGUGUAGCGCAGGGUACUAGCAAGGAGAGCCGCAAUACAAAGCCAGCUGUUUAUCCUGUUUACUGCAUUACAAAUUCCAAAACACGACUGGAAGUGCCUAAUUAUUAUGGGGACCAUGUUGCGCAUCACAAAUGUAAAUGUUCUUGUCAUUCUUGCAAAUCCGCAUGACAACUCUGGGGCGGGGACGUUUUUACGCGGGAUACCUCGGACUGGUACUUCGCCGGUCGCAAGAUGUACCUGACGAUUAUCAACUGAAAAUAUUUCUGGGUCUGGAAAAGAGGAGCUUGUCAUGCAACUCUUGGAAAAUCUGCAAGUAUUGCAUGGCUACUUAAUUAUGAUAAAGGGCGACUUUUUCUUUUCGUGUCAUGCAAAUGAAAUGACGCACUUUGUCAUGUGCACUAGGCACCAUAAAAAAGUAGAGCGCUCUGCAAGCUUGUCAUGCUUGGCUGUCCUCACAGCGACCGUCAACAAGGCAUUCACAGGAGCUCCACGUCACAAGUCUCCAGACCCAGUUCGAGAUUUGCAAUGCAUAAUGAUCGAACCCGGCCACGAUCCGGAUCUCAUCACGCUCCUGCUGCUGCGCUGCGACUCGGAUGUAUCAAAUGCAACUGUAUCUGGGUCUGGAUGAUUUUUCGGAGAUUUGUUUGCAGUUUUUCCAGGCUCCAGCAACUCUGGAAUGCACGGCCGCCUAGCAUCUUCACAGGUUCUGCAGCCCCUUGGCGAUGCUUCUUCUGCAUGAAAGAUACCCUAUCUUCAUGGCCAUAAACAGGCACGUUUUUCAUUUGCAAGUCAUGCAACACAGAUUUUUGUAUGACCUUGAUUCGCAACUACAACAUCACCUUCGCGUUGAUUCUACAUUUGUAUGACCUUGAUUCUACAACAUCACUAGUUCGCCUUCUUCCAGACCCAGACAAAGUUGCAAUGGAUAAGACAAUGAAAUGUACAACCGGCUGAAGACGUUGUUGGGUCACCCUGGCCUCUUCGUCGACGUCGCCGAAAGUGCGGGGUAUGCACUGUGGGGUCGGAAGGGGAGUAAAACCCUCUCCAAAGAACCUUCCCCGGGCCCUGUGUAAGCAUGAUCGAUUUAUUCUUCAACAAACAUGAGUGACUAUGACAGAAGGAUUUGGAAGCUUCUGUUCCCCCCUACCUACGCCCAGCUGUUUUUAUGUAUCAAGUUUACUUAAAUCUUUUAUGUAUGACCAAUGAUACAGAAUGCCCCGCAGCGGAGCAAAUUUGCUCUGUGGAAGCACAUCUUGGAAUAUAUUUGAAUUAGGUAUAGAGUUUUGUAAUUUUAUAAACAAAGUAUUGUACUAAAAAAUUAUGCGUGUGCUGUCGUUUCACCUAGAUUUCUGAUGUAGACCGAAAAUCAACUACGUCGACGAGAAUAAAUCAAGCGACCGCGCGGAACGGUGCGGUAGAGUAGAAAACGACAAAAGAAAAGAACCGGAAAGCGAUUCGUGAGGCGAGUACAGAUCGCCUUCAGUUGUAAGUACCAG